AUGGCCUCGAAAUCAUCCCAACCUGAAGAGGAAUGCAAAUGCCCCGUGUGCUAUGAUUUAUUUAUGGAUCCUGUUCUCCUGCUGUGCGGCCACAGCUUUUGUACGCGUUGUCUGACGAAGUGGUGGAAACAGAGCAGAAUCCAGGCAUGCCCAGUCUGUAAGGUUGAAUUUAAAAUGUCUCAGCCUCCUCGAAAUCUGGCGUUGAAAAACUUGUCUGACGCCUUCAGACAAGAGAAGAUUCAGGCAGCGUCAGAGUCUAAAGCACUUUGCAGCCUUCAUGGAGAGAAGCUCCAACUCUUCUGCCAGGACGAUCAACAACCCAUCUGUGUGAUUUGCAGGGAUGCAAAAAAACAUAAGAAACACAACUGUGUCCCUGUCAAUGAAGCUGCAGAGGAAUUCAGGGUUCAACUCCAGGUUGGGCUGAUGCAUUUGAAGACUAGUCUGGGGACAUCUGAGAGUGAAAAAUUCUGCUGUAAAGAAAUGGUCAGCCACAUCAAGUUCCAGGUGCAGGAGACUGAACAGAGCAUCAAAGCUCAGUUUCAAAAGAUUUACCAGUUGCUGCAUGAAGAUGAAGCAAGAAGAAUCAAUGCACUGAAGGAAGAGGCAAAGUUGAAACGUGAAGCAAUGAAAGCCAGGAUUGAGAAGUGGAACGCAGAAAUCUUGUCACUCAGAGAAAAAGUCCAAACCAUCGAGAAAGAGAUUGAAACCGAAGACAUAUUACUUGUGCAGUCGGACCUUUUCGGCUUCGAUCGAGAGGAGAAGAUCGGGGCAAAAUUCGGCUUGAUCAUUCUAUACGUCAUCCCGGUGCAGAGGUGCUGA